AUGCUGGUGAAUCACAGUGAGCAAGGCUCCGGGUCGAUUUCGGAUGCCCUUGCAGACCGUAUCUGCCUGCGGCAAUUUGAGCUAUCCGGCAAACGAUUGUAUUCGACGCUUGAGUUGCUACGCUCGUAUUAG